AUGCUGAGCCGACUGAUGAGCAGCAGCAUCCGGAGCCUGGACAGGGAGUACGAGUGCACCGUGAGGCUGCUGGACGACUCGGAGUACACCUGCACGAUCCAGCGGGAUGCCAAGGGACAGUACCUGUUUGAUCUGAUUUGCCACCAUCUCAACCUGCUCGAGAAAGACUACUUUGGCAUUAGAUAUGUUGACCCAGACAAGCAGAGGCACUGGUUGGAGUUUUCAAAGUCAAUUGCCAAACAAAUGAAAUCCCAGCCUCCAUUCACUAUGUGUUUGCGUGUCAAGUUUUACCCCCCCGACCCUGCUGCCCUGAGAGAGGAAAUCACCAGAUAUCUCGUCUUCCUGCAGGUUAAGAGGGAUCUGUACCACGGUCGCCUGCUGUGCAAGACGUCAGAUGCUGCUCUGCUGGCUGCCCACAUAUUACAAGCCGAAAUUGGUGACCAUGACCCUGGGAAACACCCAGAGGGCUACAGCUCCAAGUUCCAGUUCUUCCCUAAGCACUCAGAGAAGCUGGAGCGGCGGAUUGCUGAGAUCCACAAGACUGAGCUGAUAGGUCAGAGUCCUGAAACGUCAGAGCUCAACUUCCUCCAAAAGGCUCAGAUGCUGGAGACAUAUGGAGUGGACCCUCAUCCAUGCAAGGAUGUGUCUGGCAACCCUGCGUUUCUGGCUUUCACUCCUUUUGGAUUCACUGUGCUGCAAGGAAACAGGAGGGUCCAUUUACUCAACUGGGAGGAGGUGACCAAACUCAAGUUCGAAGCAAAGACAUUCCACAUUUAUGCAAAUCAGAAGGAGGAUAAGAAGAUCAUACUGACUUACUUUGCACCGACACCUGAGGCCUGUAAGCAUCUGUGGAAGUGUGGAGUCGAGAAUCAGGCCUUCUUCAAGCUGGAUAAGUCGAGUCAAGUCCGAACUGUGUCCAGUAGUAAUCUCUUCUUCAAGGGGAGUCGCUUCCGAUACAGUGGGAAAGUUGCAAAGGAGGUAAUGGAACAAAGUGCCAAAAUUAAAAGAGACCCUCCUGAGAUCCACAGGGCCGGCAUGGUACCAAGUAGGAGCUGUCCGUCCAUCACCCACGGCCCUCGUCUGACCAGUGUACCCAGGACCCGACGUAGAGCUGUGCACAUCUCCAUCAUGGAAGGUUUGGAGUCCCUUCGAGACAGCGCCCACUCCACGCCUGUGCGCUCUGUCUCCCACGGUGACUCCUUCAUGUACUCCCGGCGCCAGCUGAUAGACGGCAGCGAGGCGAGCACGUCAGCAGUCAUCUCCGACGAGGCCUACAGCCCCUCAGACAGCAUGCUGCCCACACCUGUGGCUGAACACCGCGCAGAGAUGCCAUCGGCUCGUAACCUCAACGGAUCGACCUGCAGCAACGACGAGGAGCAGGAGGCAAAGGCGGGAACAUCGAAGAAAGAGCAGACGGCAGAGUUCGGGCCUGGCAGGAGAGCGCUGCGUAUGGUCAGGAGCAGGCCGUCGCCACCCAGUGACGCAGAGGAGCUGAACAAGUUUGUCCUGAGCGUGUUACGUCUAUUCCUGGUCACUAUAGGAUUGCUGUUCGCUCUGCUGCUGCUCCUCAUCAUGCUGACAGAGUCCGACCUGGACAUAGCCUUCCUGAGAGACAUCCGCAAGACACCUGAAUUCCAGCAGUUCCACUUUGAAUACUUUUGCCCUCUGCGGCGCUGGUUCGCCUGUAAGUUUCGUUGGAUGGGAGGUUUCCUUGUCAGCCAGUGA